AGUGAAGUCCCAAUCGAGGUCGGAAGCCCCGCCUCUUCCGGAGAGAAGGGGCGGGCACUCCUUGCGCGCUGCCGCCGCGCAGGCGCAGUGAGGGGUUUCGCAGCCGCGGCGUCCGGAGCGGUACCUCAGGUCCGUCCGUGGUGCUCAGUGCCUAGUUCUUCUCGUCCUCUGCGUCAGCUAUGGCGGAGGCGAUGGAUGUGGGCAAAGACAACGGGCCCACUCAUUCCUCGACUCUGUUCGUGAGGGAAGAUGGCAGCUCCAUAUCCUUCUACGUGCGUCCCAGCCCGGCGAAACGCCGGCUCUCGACGCUCAUCCUGCACGGCGGCGGCACCCUGUGCCGGGUGCAGGAGCCGGGGGCCGUGCUGCUGGCCCAGCCCGGGGAGGCGGCGGCCGAGGCCUCGGGCGACUUCAUCUCCACGCAGUACAUUCUAGACUGCGUGGAGCGCAACGAGAGGCUCGAUUUGGAGGCCUAUCGGCUGGGCCUGGCCCCGGCGGCCGACCCGGCAGCGGAGACGAAGAGCGGGGCUCCGGCCGAGCGCGCCGCCGUGGAGCCCGAGGGGCCGCCGCUCACGGGGCGGGUCGCCUUCACCGACGCGGACGACGUGGCCAUCCUCACCUACGUGAAGGAACAUGCCCGCUCGACCAGCUCCGUCACGGGCAACGCCUUGUGGAAAGCGAUGGAGAAAAGCGCGCUCACUCCGCACUCGUGGCAGUCCCUGAAGGACCGUUACUUAAAGCACCUGCGGGGCCAGGAGCACAAGUACCUUUUGGGGGACGCCCCCGUGAGCCCGUCCUCCCAGAAACUCAAGCGGAAAGCGGAGGAAGACCCGGAGGCUGCCGACAGCGGGGAACCACAGAAUAAGAGAACUCCCGACUUGCCUGAAGAAGAGGAGGAAGAGGAGGAAGAAGAGGAAGAAGAAUUUGUAAAGGAAGAGAUCAAGGAGAAUGAAGAAGCAGUCAAAAAGAUGCUUAUAGAAGCCACCCGGGGGUUUGAGGAGGUUGUGGUGGAGGAAAGCCCUGAUUUUGAAAUACACAUAACAAUGUGUGAUGAUGAUCCACCCACACCUGAAGAAGACUCAGAAACACAGCCUGAUGAGGAAGAAGAAGGAAAAGUUUCUCCACCAGAAGUGGGAGCUGCAAUUAAGAUCAUCCGGCAGUUAAUGGAAAAGUUUAACUUGGAUCUGUCAACAGUUACACAGGCCUUCCUAAAAAAUAGUGGUGAGGUGGAGGCUACCACCUCCUUUUUAGAGUCUGGUCAGAGGGCUGAUGGGUAUCCCAUUUGGUCCCGACAGGAUGACUUAGAUUUGCAAAAGGGUGAUGAGGAUGCCCGAGAUACAUUGGUUAAAAAAUUUGGUGCUCAGAAUGUAGCUCGGAGAAUUGAAUUCCGAAAGAAAUAAUUGACAGGAUAACAAGAAAAGAAAAGAGGUGUGGCAGAUGAGGUGGUAUUUUGUGACCAUUGAACUUCAGAGAUUUUUAUGUUGGAACUGACACAUCUUCUGACCAAAUGCUGUCAUUGCUCUGUGAGUCCAAGAUUUUAUAGCCACGCAGAGUUGUGUAGGACAAAAAUAAAAGAUAUUGGAUAUAUUUAGAGCUGUCCCUGGCAGUAUCAGUGUUUCUUGAAGGAAAAUAUAAACCAGAGAGAGGUUGGUCUACAUAGUAAUCUUUUUUUUGGAAUGGAACCUGUAUCUUAUUGUACAGGAGUUAAUAACCCAGUCAAAGGAAGAAAAUUGGAAGACAGGUCUUUUCAGGCAGUGUGAAUAAAGAGCCUCCUGUCCUUUGGCAGAAGCGCCUCUAGAUUGUGAUAGAUUCUAAGUCAAGAAUUUAGAAAUAUGGAAAGAUUUCAUUACAAGGCCUUGAACAUGGAUUACCCCAAACCUUUGCAUCCCUCAGUGAGCUCUGAUUUCUAAGAUCAUCCGACAGUUAAUGGAAAAUUUAACUUGGAUCUGUCAACUACUUUGAAAACCCCAUGUUUCCUUUGCUAACUUAAUAUUUGGGGACCCUGCUCCUUGGCUGUUCUUUGAGUUCUUGUCAGUCAAGCAUCUAACAUUCUUUACCUAUCACCCAGUUUUGUUUAGAGAGUCUCAAGAAUAGUCUUACUUGGUUACUAGUAAUAAUGUGUUUCUAUUUGUUGAGGAUAAUUUUGUGAUAAGCUUGUGUUAGAGUUAAAAAUUAGUGAAUUAAUUCCUCUUCGUUGUGUUGCUUUUGUUAUUGAAAAUAAAUGGAACUUUGUA